AUGUCACAUACAACAUCAUAUCCACCUCCAUCUUUGUCCUCUUCAUCUGCCACCGUUGCUGAUAUCUAUUAUCCUUCAACUCAAUCUCCUCCACCGCCACCACCACAUCGUCUUCCAUCCCACUAUCAACAACAUCCCAAUCCUCACCCUCACUACCACCAUCAGCAACAACAACACUAUGCAUCUACGUCACCUAUAGUUUCAUCUGCCUCCUCUCCUACUACGUUUUACCAUCAACAUCAACAACAACAACAACAACAACAAUAUCUCUACUCACCGCAACCCGCACAAUACUAUCAAGAUAUUAGAGGUGGUGGUGGUGGUUCAGGAAAUAGUACUAGAUAUAUAUCAAAUGGAAAUCAUCAUCUUCCACUCUUAAUUCUUCAGCCAACAACAUCGACUGGAAGCUCACCAACAUCAUCAUCGUUGUCACCCCAAACCCAACUGUCUCCACGUCAGCCAACACUGUAUCAACAACAACAACAACCACCUGUACUUUCUCCAAGAUCACCAAAGUUUUCCUCUCAAGGGUCAUCGUCAUAUUCUACUUUGUAUCAUCCAUACCAUCAACAACAACAACAACCAUUGUCCCCUAGGCAACAAAUGAUGUCACCUCAAUAUCAUUCCAGUUUUAAAACUAGCCAUCCUACUCUACAGAAAUCUCCACAUCCUACUCCUCCUCCUCCUCCCCCACCUCCAUCUGUUGUUGUCAUUACUCCAGCAGCAGCUGCUGCUGUACCCCAAACCGAAGAGAUACAAUGGAAACUUCAUUAUCCACCAACAACAACAGCUGCCAAGUCAACGACGACUAUGGUGAUUGAUGCACACCUCGACCUUGAUCAAGUAAACAACAACAACAACAACAACAACAACAACAACAAAUCACCAAGAGCAUCCGAUUAUUCAAUAGCAUCCGAUCUACGUGUUCCAUCAUGCUCUCCAGCAUCUCCAUCAUCAUCAAACGGAAGUAGUGGUCUAACACCACACCUUCAUGCCCUCACAACUACAAAUACUAUUAUUACCUUGCCGUCACUCAAUGAUGAUGAUAAUAUUAAUAAUAUUAAUAAUAAUAAUGAUCGUCUCAAAGGUGAUACCAAAACCUCUUCCUCUCCCUCUUCCUCUCCCAACAAUCAUAAUGACACUAAUAGUAGUAGCAGUAGUACUCCAAUUACCCCGAGUACACAAAUUGUAAAUAAUAAUAAUAAUAAUAAUAAUAAUCCAAACAACAAUGUAAAUAAUCAACAACAAUUAAAUAGUGGAAAAAUUAAAUUGGCAAACAACAAAAAUCUAAAAAAGGAAAAGAGACCUAAAAAGACUUAUAUCCAAUCGCCAAAUUAUUCAAGAGGUGCUGCUAUUAUGAAAUCAUUUAAUAACAAUAAUAAUAGCAUUGAUAAUCAGUCACAGCAGCUGCUGCAAUCUCCAACAACCACAACAACCAAUUAUCCAAAUACCCAACAAGAGUUAAAAGAUGAACAACAACAACAACACCAACAUCAACAACCAAAGGAGAAGCAAGAACAACAACAAGAAGAAGAAGAAGAAGAAGAACAAGACCAAUUUGUAAAUAUAUUAUUGACACUAAAAUCUGGAUCCAGUCAAGAUGGUAUCGAUAUUAAUUUGCCUGCUGACCAGUAUACAAAUAGUACCAACUACAAGCCAAAUAUUUUCAUAAGCAACAACAACAAUAAUAAUAAUAAUAAUAAUAAUAAUUAUGAUUAUCCUUCACCGCUAAUUCAAGAAGAACCGGAAUCCGAUCAAUUAGUAUCAUUCAUUGAUUUUCCCCCCAAAAAAUAA